AUGUCUUCCACAACCCACCAAGCUGCCAUGCUUCUCUCCAAAGGAGGUCGUCUUACAGUCCAGCCUGUCACAACCCCGACUCCAGGUCCAGAGGAACUCCUCAUCUCCGUCCACGCUAUCGCUCUGAACCCGGUCGACGCGUACAUGCGCGAUAUGGGUGCGCUUAUUGCCUCGUACCCAGCAAUCCUCGGUUUAGAUAUUGCCGGGACCGUCGUCGCCACGGGCUCCUCGAUCUCAUCUUCUAGCCCAUUUCAACUAGGCACGCGCGUGCUGGCCGCCGCUCCCGCCUUCUAUAUGCAGGGCAAAGUCGCGUACGGCGGCUUUCAAGAGCGCGUGGUAGUCCCGUUCCAGUACGCCGCCGUGAUCCCCGACAAUAUCAGCUUCACGGAUGCAGCGACGUUGCCCAUGGGCGUGAUGGUCGCGUGGAGUGGUUGGUAUCGCGUCGGACUCCCAUAUAACACGCACUUCACCCCUUCUGAUAACAAAGGCCUCCUGGUCUGGGGCGCCGCCAGCAGCAUGGGUAUGUGCGCCGUGCAAACGGCCAAAGCAAUGGGCUUCACCGUCUACGCCACCGCAAGCCCCAAGCACGGGGACCUCAUUAAGGCCCUGGGCGCAAAGGAGGUCUUUGACUACAAAGACAGCGACGUGGUCCCGAAAAUCGUCGCUGCAGCAAAAGCCCGCGGCGACGCUAUAAACACCGCAUUCCACGCCAUAGGCGACUUGAAAUCCUGCCUCGAUGUGCUUGUUUCCUUUGGUGGCGGGAGUGUUGCCCAUGCUCCGCCUUUGCUUCCCACUGCACCAAGCGCAGAGGGCGUGGACGUGAAAUUUAUCACCGCCCCCGACGGCACGGAGGCGCGGAAUACGCAUAUGUCUUUCUCGUUCCAGGAGUGGCUUGCACCGCGGCUGGCGAGCGGCGAGUUCGUCCCGGCGCCAAAAGCGCGGGUUAUCCCUGGAGGAUUGGAAGGAUUGAAUGUCGGUAUGGAUGAGUUGAAGGGCGGCGUUAGUGGGGAGAAACUUGUCGUUGAACUUUGA